GAAAGGGAGAUAACAAGAAAAGUUGUUGCACAAAAAUCCACUCAAGUGUCUGCGUCAAUUAUUUUCUUGAGCCGAAUGUCUUUCGGAAACAGCCUCUCUACUCCUUCGGGGUAGGGGUAAGAUCUGCGUACACGCUACCCUCCCCAGACCCCAUUAGUUAGAAUUUAAUGGGUUGCCAUUAGUUGGAAUUGAAUGGGUUGUUGUUGUUGUCUGCAUCAAUUAGUGCACUAAAUUUUUCUUCAAGAGAAAGGUAUGAUUUUCAGUUUGCACUAGGAAUCUGUAGUGGACCUAAGAAGAUAGUGUUUGUGCAAAGAAAGUUGUUGUUCUUUCCUUCUUCUUUUUUUCUUUUUUCUCUUUUAUGUAAGGAUAUAUUGAUUCUUGAAUCAUCAACCUCCUCUUAUAUAUAGUCUGGAUAUAUCUUAUAGUCUUGUCAAUAUUCAGUCGUCAAGUAGGUAAAGUAGGCAUACGAACCACUUUGCCUUAGACUCGAUUGGAACAAAGCAAAGGAGGCGGAAUGGACAAGGGCGAUCUUGCUUGGCACGAAGGCUGCUGGUUUGGGGGGUAAAGUACAGUACUGAAGUUCCUCGGACUUCUAGGCAGUUUUUCUUUUGUGCAGCUGUUCACCGUUGGAUCUCAUCAAUACAGCCCCCUAUAGUUUUCGUUCGGUCUAUGUAACUAGAGAUUGGUUUGAGUGACCUUGAGAAAAUACAAGUAGGUAAAGAAGUAGAAUAUGACUAGCAAGAUAGUAUAUUGGUGGUUGUUGAUUUUGCUCAUAGCAAAUGGAUGGUGGUGCUGUUAUUGUUGUUGGAAAGAAGAAAGAACUGCUCUCUUGCAACUCAAGGCAAAUAUAAACUACACAGAUCAUAGUUAUUUGUCAUCGUGGGUUGCGAACGAAACCUCAGAUUGUUGUCAAUGGGAGGGAAUUGUUUGCAGCAACACCACCAGAAGAGUCACUGAGUUGGCCAUUACUGUCAAGAAAAUUAGUCAAGAAGAACAACUUAGGACUAAUGGUACAAAUACUGAUGAUAUGUUGAGGAACUGGCUUUUCAAUGCAUCUUUAUUUAUUCCCUUCAAAAAUCUCAAAGCUCUGCUCCUCCCUGGACAUGCAAUUGCCGGUUGGGCGAAAAAUGAAGGUUUCGAAAAACUGAGACAACUGAGGAAACUAGAAAGACUUGAUUUGUCCGGGAAUCAGUUCAAUCGCAGCAUCUUUCAAUCUCUCAGUCAACUUUCAUCUCUCAAGUCAUUGAACCUUUCAUACAACAAUAUUGGAUCAGGUUCCGACAUAUGGUUUACACACAACAAAAUUGUAUCAGGUUCUGAGAGAUUGUCAGGUUUAGACAAGCUGGAAAUCCUAGAUUUGAGCAAUAACAAUCUAGAUGAUGAAAAUGUUCUCUCUGCUUUAGAGCUAAAUACAUCUAGAAUGGCGUUGAAGAAGCUCGAUAUAAGGUACAACAAAUUCCGGAGUUUUAUACCAAAUGAAGAGUUGGGAGCUUUAAGAAAUUUAGAGUACUUACUGUUAGAUGGAAACACAUUGGAUGAGAACUUUCUCAGGAGCAGUGGUGUAAUGUCAUCUCUUAAAGUAUUAUCAGUAGCUAACUGCAACCUCAACGGAACCCUACCUCGUCAAGGCUGGUGUGAUCUAAAAUAUCUGGAAGAACUAAGUCUAAGCGGAAACAGCUUCACUGGAAAACUCCCUACAUGUCUGGGAAACUUGACAUUUCUUCGGGUAUUUGAUCUGACCAUAAAUCAGUUUACUGGAAACAUUGCUUCAUCUCCACUUUCAAGUCUCUUGUCCCUUGAAUAUCUCCUGUUAGCAAACAACAACUUUGAAAUACCAAUUUCAUUCGAAUCAUUUGCUAACCAUUCAAAACUUAAGUUCGUCACUGCUGACUACAACUCAGUAAUUGUACAAACUUCUUCCAAAAGCUGGAUACCAAAGUUUCAAUUGGAAGUCUUGUCUUUAAACAACUGCUCUCAAAUGCCAAGUUUCCUUCAUUAUCAACGUCAUUUAAGGCUUCUUCGUCUCUCAAAAUGCAACAUUGGUGGAAACUUUCCAAAUUGGUUGUUAGAAAACAAUCCUAGACUUGCAGAAGUUUUAUUGGAUGGAAAUGCAUUCACUGGAAUUCUUGAAUUGCCACUCCUUCCUAAUCUAAAAUCUUUCGAUAUCUCCAACAACAAGAUUCAAGGACAACUUCCUCCUAACAUUGGGUAUAUUCUCCCGAAUCUUGUGAUAUCAACGAUGUCCAACAAUAUGCUUGAAGGCUUGUUACCUUCAAGUUUUGGUGACAUGAAAGAUCUUGCAGUCUUGGAUUUGUCAUACAAUAAGUUAAUAGGAGACCUACCAAUUGGAUUGGCUCAUAAAGGAUCCAAGUUAAAUUUUCUGAGAUUGUCGAAUAACAUGUUGAAAGGGGAGAUAUUUCCAAUUUCAGCGAACAUCAACAAUUUGUAUUAUUUAUACUUGGACAGGAACAACUUCUCAGGCCCAAUUCCACAGAAGUUAUCCACUGCUCCUUUGAUUACAUUGGAUUUGAGUUACAAUAACUUGUCAGGAAAUGUACUAGCGUGGCUUGGUAACAUCCCCUCCUUAACCUCCCUCGCGUUGUCCCGAAACCAGCUAAAAGGCCAUAUUCCACCUGAUUAUUGCAGACUUGAAGGACUUGAGGUAUUAGAUCUCUCUGACAACAACAUUGUUGGCGUGAUCCCGUCAUGUUUCAAUGCUUCUCUCAGCUUAAAACGUGUGUACUUGAGCAAAAAUAAGUUACACGGGGAAUUCAACAUGUUCUCGAACUCAGAUCUAAAAGUCCUGGAUCUUAGUGAUAACAACUUCAGUGGUUCCAUUCCAAAAUGGCUGGGCAGUACUCUUGAGAUAACCACCUUACUCUUGAAAGGAAAUCGUCUUCAAGACACCAUUCCAACACAGUUAUGUCAUGCAAGUAACUUAAGAAUUUUGGAUCUUUCUCACAAUAAUCUCUCAGGAACGAUACCUCAUUGCUUGGGAAGCUUAAUGCAACAAGAAAUGUUAAUAGAACUAUAUCCAUACAGUACAUCAUCUGGAUAUCCAGGAUUCCAGACGUUCGGAGAAGAUGCCUUGAUAGAUGUAGAAUCCUCAAUCAAGUUAUCGUCGAUAAUUUUCUUUCUAGAUAACUAUGCAUGGGUUGGAGCAGAGUUUACGACCAAAUAUAAUACCUAUUCCUAUGAAGGUAGCAUUGUUGAUUAUAUGUCUGGAAUUGAUCUUUCUUGCAAUCAGUUCAGUGGUGAAAUACCUAAGGAACUCAGUAAUCUUACUGAGAUUCGGGCACUAAACUUGUCACAUAACCACAUAACUGGAACAAUACUAUCAGAAUUCUCGAAGCUCCAGAAUAUCGAGAGUCUGGAUCUGUCCUACAACCACUUGACUGGAAGGAUUCCUGCACAACUUUCAGAGUUGACAACUCUAGCAGUGUUUAGUGUGGCACAUAACAAUUUAACAGGUAGGACUCCACAGCGUUCAGCGCAGUUUGCAACUUUUAAUGAAAGCAGUUAUGAGGGAAAUCCUUUUCUUUGCGGUCCUCCAUUACAUAUCAAUUGUAUGGAGAGUACAGAGAUACCGAUAUCCCCUCCUAAACCAAAUUGCUGUGAAGAUGAUACUGGUUUUCUAGAUAUGGAGUCGUUCUAUAUCUCUUUUCUUGUGGCAUAUGCAAAUGUGGUGCUCGUAGUGGUUGUAGUCCUCUGUGUAAACCCCUACUGGAGAAAUGUUUGGUUUUAUUUUGUCGAGUCUUUCAUGUAUCCUUGUUACUACUUUUUUACUUCCAAAAUGUAAACUGUACAUAUUAAGGUCAUUGAUAAGUUAAUCAUGCCUGAGUUCUGUUCCUA